CACAUCAUCUUUCACAUCCUGUUACACCGGAGUUCGUAUUCAUCAGGAAUACGCUCUCAGCAUCAUUAGCCAUUUUAAUACGUGUGGUCUCGUGCCGUGUUUACACUCAGAAUGCCCAAAUCCAUAAUUGCAUGUGAAUUGAUGCUACACAGGAUUUCAGGGCCUGUACGCCAUUACAUAAUACACACACGCAAGGUGCAGGGAUUGAGUGAUGGUAAUAGGUGUGAUUGAGCUUCUUCCCGUGCCGGAAGGGCUAUUGAAAUUACCCAGUUUCGCAAUCUGUCUCGACUUUAAGACUUCUGACAUCACAUGUCACGAAGCCUCAUCAUCUGCGACACUUAAACGGCUGCGGCUCUCAUCAGCGAUUCAUUUCAGUGACCUCAUGACCGGUCAGAGGUUUCCUGGAGUGUGUAAUCAGUAAGCAAUGGCUUGCUAAUAUGUUUUGCUUGCGUCGGUGUGUUUGAAAGGAUGUUUGAAGGAUAGAUUGAGACACCGUGUUUACGUUUUCAUUGAAUAUGCUGACGUCAGUAGUUUCCGGACAAUGACUGGACGGUGGUGUUUGUUUUAUCCUGUUCCUGGAGGAUGAUUGGUUCAUCCACAGUCGCGUGGGAGAACUGAGGAUAACUAGAACACGUUUCACUGCUGAGUAAUAAAUGAUUAUUGGACAAAUCACUCCAGUGGGGAUCAGAACGUGAUAUCUCUCAUGAAAAGUCAUCUGAUCAUACCAGACGGAUAAUGAACCAUAAAAUUAAGCAUGUUUGCUCUUGGAUUGUUUCCUUAUUAAAGCUAUGACAAGAGUGUUACUCAUCACAAGGGUUUAACGUGUUUCAACGUAGUUAAAAAGUGUUCCCACUUUCAUGGAUCCGUCUUGUCUUGUACGUGAACUCAACAUUACGUAUAUUCAGGUAGACUUUUUAGAUAUAUAUACGUUUAGUAAGAAAAACAAAACCACAAUGGACUGCGCUGUGAAGAGACAACAUUCCUGGUGAUAUCACAGUUUUGUUUUGUUUUUCCUGUAGUGUUUUAUUUGCUUUACUUAUAUUACGGUUCUAUUAUACUACAGCAAUUUGCCAGCAGUUACAAGUUUGUAUUAAUUAAACAUCACACUUUGUCAUUGUUUAUAUCUAGGUUUAUUCUAUAUCCAUGAGACAAGUUAGUUCCUAUAAUCACUAGGCAGCUAUAAACAGUCAUUCCCUCAUCAGCACAUUUUGUUUUUCUCUCUUGUGAAGACAAAACGAACAUGUUUCUGGUUGCAUUACCUAGAAACUGGAAAGCGAAAAGGAAACUUACUGACCCCCACGAUGUGAGACUCCUUCCGUUAAUGAUAAAUAAACUCCAAACAGAGAUCUUCAUGCUCUUUGUUAAUAAUAACACCAUCACAUUCUGUUCAUCUGUUUGCUGUUAGGUUCCAAACAUGUUGAUAUUUCACCAUACAAGUCCCUGUGUAUCAGCUGCUACUUCAGAAACAAUAACAGUACUAGAGAAUUAAACAUAAACCUAUUGUUUAUAAUACAACUGCUGUGUUGUUACAGAGAAUUAAUCCACACAUUGUGAUUAGUGAAUUCAGCGGCGCUGUUGUGUCAAUAAAUGUAGCCUAGUGUUAAUAUUCUCUGUUUGUCAACUUCUUCGAGUUUUGACGACUGGAAAGGGACCGCCGUAAAACAACUACUGGCCACGUGUUGUUUUGGUGGCACUCCAUUCUGAGCACAGCAGUUGUCUUGACAUGAUAGUGUGUGUGUGUUGAGCUGGUAUGAGUGUAUCAAGCACUGCAGUGUUCGCUGGGCUCUUAAAUGGCUCACAGCCACUUUUUGAAAAACAGUGAGGAAAAAACAACAGGCCAGCAUCAUUCUGUGAGCUGAUACAGACUCUGAAAAAGUGGACCAGCUAUAUAAAAUGGCUUCUUUCAAAGGUCAGGGGCAGCUGAUUGGAAGUUAGAUGCUCCUGACUGGAUGGGACGGAUGAGAGUGACGGCCAGGGGAAAAAUUGCCUAUAUUAAACUAGAGGAUAAGAUCUCAGGCGAGCUGUUUGCUCAAGCCCCGGUGGAACAGUAUCCUGGUAUUGCAGUAGAAACUGUAAGUGACUCAAGCCGCUACUUUGUUCUUAGGAUUCAAGAUGACAGCGGUCGCAGUGCCUUUAUCGGCAUCGGAUUUGGCGAUCGGGGAGACGCGUUUGAUUUCAACGUGGCUUUGCAGGAUCAUUUCAAGUGGGUAAAGCAGGAUAAUGAGUUGAGUAAGCAGGCUCAAACUCCAGACUUGGGUCCUAAAUUAGACUUGGGUUUUAAGGAAGGUCAGACUAUCACACUCAACAUUGGGCAAAGCAAAAAGAGAGAAAAGUCUCGUCCACAAAGCUCAGGUGGACUCGGACUGCUUCCUCCUCCUCCGAGUGGCAAAAUUGCUCCGCCUCCUUCAGCCACGCCCACCAAUAACAACACAGAACCAUCGACAUGCAGUAGCAACAUAGGUUGUUUGCUGGACCUAGACAGCAAUGAUUCUAACACUUUGGUCCAGCCAGCUCCUCCUAGCACAAAUGCUGACCUGUGGGGAGAGUUUACGUCUGACAGCUUGUCAUCUCAGCCCUCCAAGACGGAGUCUGCCUCUACAAACUGGGUCCAGUUCUGAGUUUGUGAUGCUCACUUCAUGUCCCUGUUCUUACUCAUCAGACACUAAACCUAUCGCUUAAGUUUACCCCAUUCUCUCUCUCUCUCUCUCUCUCUCUCUCUCUCUCCUCCUCUCUACUCUCUCUCCCCUCUCUCUUCCCCCCUCCCCAUCUCUCUCUCCUUCUCUUCCCCUCUCUCUCUCUCUCCCUCUCUCUCUUCCACUUUUUUUUUUGCACUGUUUAAUUCUAACAUCCACAUUAACGUAUUGUCCAGCAAUUAUUUAAUUGUUUUAUUUAUGUUUAUGUAUUCUACAUAGUCACUAGAGCCUCGAGAAGGACAUAUAUUAAAUGAUGUGUAUAUUUGGAAAUGCGUUUACUUUAACAGGAACAAGUUGUUAGGUGGAAAAGCUUCGUUUUCUAAGGCGAGCUCCAAUGUGUUCGGUGUAAAUGAAACGAUUGUGUCGCCCUCUGGUGGUGCAAAUGCAAAAAAAAAACAACAAAAAACGGUGUACAAAAAAAAAACUUGUAGUAAUGUGAAGCAGCUGUGGUUACAGCACUGCGUUUCGUUUCCAGCAUCAGUGCUCCUUCCUGACGAUAUGCAAUCAGUGUCCUUUGGGGGGAAAAAAAUGUCAGGAGUUCAUUCACUUACUGUAAAGCACUGAUGUUCUUACUGCACCUUCACCCCUUGCUUUCUGGGAACUGCACUAAUACGUGGAAAGGCUCUAAUAAAAGCCUGAUCUGUCCUAGCAGCAAUAUUCAAAUGAAUGCCAUCACACAGAAAUAAGAGGUCUAAGUCCUGAUGCCUUGCGAUAGCACAUACUUUUGUGGCUAGACCAAAUUUUUCCAUACUUAAAAAGACUCGACAUUUAAACGUGCGUCUCACACGGCAGAUUGCAGUGUUCUAGUGUGCAGUAUAGGUAACCCAGCUAUUUUAUGUGACUGUAACUGUGACAAUGUUUAUUUCUGACAGAGGUGAAUUAGCGUUACAAUGCCAGCUGUUGCUGCUAUUAUUUGUUUUGUCUUUUUUUUUUUCUCCUAUCGUGUGUUCAUUCUAGUUCUAUACAAAUAUGUAUAAUCUCAAAAACACUAUGUUGUAUAUGUAUAAAUAUAAAAGUCAAUGUAAUAAACAAUACAAGUCGAUUCAUGAGAAAGCAGAUGUUUGGAUUCAACUUUUAUUGUCUUUAUAGCAUUAUAAAACCACAAUUAUUGACAUGACAGGAAAUAUUUUAUUCGGCAUAUGAGCAUCAUAUGUUUUUACACUGAAUUAUAUAAAGUGAUCUCAUGAACAUACAGUAGUGAGAUAAUGUGGAUAUAUUCAGCAUAAUAUCAGUCCAUAUAUACAGUAGGGUCCAAAAGUCACUUUUAUUUUACUUUCUCUUCUAAUUUAAUGCAAAUUGUCAACAACUUAAGGGAAAAGUAGAGUCUUUGAAAUAUUUGCAUGAGUUUCGGAGUUGUUUAGUAUUUGGUUUGUCUCUUUUUUUUUUUCUUUUUUUUUUACUUUAAUGACAGUGUAAACUCAAGCUGA